AUGGGGAAAACUAUAACCGACUUAUGCAAUGGAUUUGAAACAUUCAAGGCUUUGAUGACAACAGCACUAGAAAAUGGAACAAUUGCAUUUGAUCGCUGGUCGGAUCAAAUGCAGCAAUUGGUACUGGAAACAUGGAAUUCCAGAUCUAUACAAAAUAUACAUGAAGGGAUACACUUAGGGUGGGAACAGUUCAUAGAAGCAUGGUUACAAACCAAGUAUUCACUUCAACAAUACGACUUUAGUGUUGUUGUUGAUGCCCUACAAUCAAAAAUAAUCUACUUAACAGGAAAUAGUUUCAAUCGAAGUCAUGUUUAUAUUGGUUUUGCCGGUUUGUUCGUCGGCAGUGGAGUUGGAUUUUUGAUUGGUAUAAAUAUAAAGCCAUCUGCCAUCACUGUAACACAUAUGAAAGCAGCAUCAGCAACCAGUUAUAAUGGAACUGAAAGCAUAACAUUAUUAGAAGAUGUGGUGACACCAAAAAUCACUGAAUCUAAUCAAGUUAUGAUAAUGGUCAGAGCCGCUGCAUUAGACCCAAUGGAUGUUUUAGUGGCAUCUGGUUAUGGAUCAUUUAUAAGAAAAUUUUUAAUUAAACAUACAUUACAUAAAUCAAUGCACCGAGAAUUUCCAAUUGUAUUGGGCAGAGAUUGUUCGGGAGUUGUUAUUGACUUAGGAUCAGAAGUGCGACGUGACAUAAACAUUAAUGAUGAAGUUUGGGUAUCACUGCCACCAUGGUCCCCUUGUGGUACAUUAUGUGAAACGAUAGUUGUACCCGACAAAUAUGUUGGACAUAAGCCACGUUCAUUAACCCAUGAACAAGCAGCAACGCUUCCAUACUCAGGGUCGUUGGCAUGGUUGGCUGUAUUUCAAGCAGCUAAUUUGAAUCCACUGACUGCUGUAGACAAAAAAAUAAUUAUAUACUGUGGAGAUACAGGAACAGGUUCAAUAAUUGUCCAACUAUGUUGUUAUUUAAAGGCAGAUGUUACUGUUGCUUGUCCAAGCCGAGUAUGUCAUUUUAUGAAAUACUUAGGAGCCAACACCACUUAUGAAACUGAAACUGUUAGUAUUGAUCAAUUACUUAGUACUGCACCCUGUGGGUAUGAUUAUGUAUUCAAUACAGCUGGUGAACUUAAAAAUAGUCUGUGCAAACAGUUGUGUAAUGUUUGUGGUAUAGUAAUCCCUAUUGGACCACACCGCUUACCAUCAGAUUCAUUUGGUGUUGUUCGUGGAUUUUUCUAUAUUCAAUGGUUAAGGUUGGCUUAUAUGUUUCAAGGUAACAAAUGUUGGGAUCAUUAUGAAUUUAACUCUACGAUAUUAAACGAACUUGCCAGCAUGGCGAAUGAUUAUGUUCUCAGACCAGUGUUGGACAAAACUUUUAUGGAACAUGAAUUGGAACGUGCAUUUAAGCAUUUACAAAGCAGACAGACUAUUGGUAAAGUAGUAAUGAAAUUUAGUAAUUUAAAUUGCCCCACUUUGAUGCCCAGAUCUUCAGGAAUUCUAUUUUAG